AAAACAGUUUUUAUUUAAAAAGUGAUAGUUACUAUUUUUAAUCUGUGCUUCCAUACUGUCCUUUUUUUAAACUGUGCUCCUUGUACUCUGUUUUUUUUUAGUUUUUUCUGAACUUUUUUUUGGUGAAGUUUUUUCUAAACUAUGAAUUCUCUUUCCAUGCUUUCUCCUUCAAAUAUGAUGGCGUUUCUCCAGAAUCGUUCCAUUUCCCUGGUGGACAUGUACAUCGACAAUUCUGAGCCAUCGGAGAAUGUUGGACAAAUCCACUUCAGCUUGGAGUACGAUUUCCAGAACACUACUCUGAUAUUGAGGAUCAUUCAGGGCAAGGAAUUACCAGCAAAGGAUUUGAGCGGUACAUCCGACCCGUAUGUCCGGGUUACCCUUUUACCGGAUAAGAAGCAUCGGUUGGAGACCAAGAUCAAACGGCGCACGCUGAACCCAAGGUGGAAUGAGACAUUCUACUUUGAAGGGUUCCCCAUACAGAAACUGCAGAGUCGGGUCCUCCAUCUCCACGUGUUUGACUACGAUCGGUUUUCGAGAGAUGACUCCAUCGGAGAAGUGUUCCUGCCUCUGUGUCAGGUGGACCUGAGUGAGAAGCCAUCAUUCUGGAAAGCUCUGAAGCCGCCAGCGAAGGAUAAAUGUGGCGAGCUGUUGACCUCAUUAUGUUACCAUCCCAGCAACAGUGUGCUGACCCUGACAUUGCUGAAGGCAAGGAAUCUGAAAGCUAAGGAUAUUAACGGGAAGUCAGAUCCCUACGUGAAAGUAUGGCUUCAGUUCGGUGACAAGCGCAUAGAGAAACGCAAGACGGCUAUCUUCAAAUGCACCCUGAACCCAGUCUUCAAUGACUCCUUCUCAUUCAACGUACCCUGGGAGAAGAUCAGGGAAUGUUCUCUGGACGUCCAAGUUAUGGACUUCGACAAUAUCGGAAGGAAUGAGCUGAUCGGGAGAAUAUUGCUUGCCGGUAAAAAUGGUUCCGGCGCAACAGAAACGAAACAUUGGCAGGAUAUGAUCACGAAGCCGCGGCAGACCAUCGUUCAAUGGCAUCGUCUGAAACCGGAGUGAAAAAAAAAUAAAGAGCAAAAAAAUUAAUAAAAAAAAAUAUUACAAAAACGUCAUAAGACUGAAUGGUUAACAAAAUUUAAUGACACUACCACUCUCUGAACUGUCCUUUUAAAGCGUUGUGCUUUUAUUGUUAUUUUUGUUAAAAAUAAUAUUAUAUUUGUUAAUAAAUUAUUUUUUGUUCAGAAUAAUUUGUUACCAAAUAAUUAUUUAUGUUAUACCAAAAUGUUGUUUGAUGACUUUCUUUUUGGAAAAAUAAUAAUAAAAAUUCUAUUUUAUUUAUUCACAAUUCUAUUUCAUCUGAGCACACGCUAUUUCUCGAAUCUUGACUAUCUUUAAAAGUAAAAAAAAGUUAAAAUGACUUAAAAUUAAAAUCAAAAAAAUUGGUGAUAUUUCUAAAAAACAUGAAAAUCAAAAAUGUUGAAAAUUAACUUUUUCCUAAAACUAAUUAGUUUGAAAUGAUGUGCAUAUAAAUAUUGCGAUUAAAUUAAAUGCAAUUAACGUAUUUAUUAAUAGUUGGUUAAAUUAUUUUUAUUAAGAUAUAAUUUAUUUAAUCGUUAAUUGUAAGUCAUUCAAAAAUUACCGGUCUUUUUUUAAAAAAAAUUACCGAUUUUUUUAUUGUAAUAUAUCCAUAAUAAUUUAUUAUUU